ACGCGUUGGUCGACACCUACGCGCGGACGUCCCUCGAAUAAGAUGUGACCUAAAAAUAAUUAAAAACCAAUCACGUCAUACACAUCUAGGGCUCGACGUUUAAAAAAAACAUAAGUGCUCUGUGCUCAAGGACAAUGAAGUGUAUGUGUGAAUGGAUUUGGCUGAAUGGCGCACAGUUUUGGCGGCAAACCGGUGUGACAGCGCGGUUGACGGAUGAUCUUCGCGCGCUCCUUCAGUUGUCGUAGGAGGCGAGAUGGCGCCGAGGGCGUGAGGGCAGCGCCACCCCCCGAUGGGCAAGACCUCUGGAGGACGGCCCGACACUGGAGUUCGAUCGCAGAGGAUUCAUAGCAGAAGAGAGUCGGGCGUCGCGUGGGGCCGGCGGUGGCGCGGGGCCGCGGGCUCGGGCGCGGGCGGCGCGGGCGGCGCGGGGGGCGCGGCCGCGCACACGUGGCGGCGGCGCGAGCGCGCUGCGCAGCCUCGCAGGCCCAUGGAGAUCCUCACCAGCAUAUACGCGCUGCUCUCUGGAGGGCAAGGGGUUAACCCCAAAAUCGACUCGGUGGCCUUCCGCCUGCACUGCGGAGCAACCACUGCAGCGCUGUUAGCGGCGAGCGCUGCUCUCACCACGCGCCAUCUUGUGGGCAAUCCAAUCGACUGUAUACAUACAAGGGAUAUACCAGAAGAUGUGUUGAACACGUACUGCUGGAUUCACUCUACCUUCACUGUGGCUGGCGAGGCGGGGGGUGCAUACCCGGGAGUGAAGGGAGCCGGCACCUCGCCUAGGAAGUACGGCAAAUAUUACCAGUGGGUCGCCUUCACUCUGUUCCUUCAGAAGACACGUUGCCCAGCUGCACACAGCGACGAAAUCAUUAAACCCAGACCCGAUGACUACAUGCCGCGAUACGUAAACAUGCCCGAUUACCGUCUCUGAGCAGACACCGAA